AAAAAAAAAAAAAUUGCAACAAAACACGAAAGAAAGAAAGGUCGAUUAUUCUUCGCUUUGCCUUGAAAUCUCUUCAAUCUAUCUAUCCUCCAAAUCUCCAAAAAAAAAAAAAAAAAAAAAAAAAAAAAAAGAUUGAACCUUUCCUAAUCGUCAUCUCAUCUCUAUUUCCUUUCUUUCUUUAGCGAAUCGCGAGAUCUCGGAUUCGCAUCAUUUGAUUUUGGGAUACUGUCUUUGUUUUCCUGUCUUUGUUUCUUUCUAUGAUUUCACGUGAAUUUUAAUUCUGAGCUGGCUACUAGGGCUGCUUCUUCUACUUCUUGGAGAGAGCUUUUUUUAAAAGGGAGAUUCUUUUUCUUUCUGUUUUGUCUCUGUUUGGAAUUUUUUUUUUUUUAUUGAUGAGAACGUGGCAAGAGAGAUCAUUAAUCACCGAUCACUUCGUCAUCCGAAUAUCAUUCGUUUUAAGGAGGUGGUGUUGACUCCAACUCAUCUUGCCAUUGCUAUGGAAUAUGCUGCUGGUGGUGAGCUCUUCGAACGUAUAUGUACUGCUGGAAGAUUUAGCGAGGAUGAGGCAAGAUAUUUCUUCCAGCAACUUAUAUCAGGUGUUAGCUAUUGCCAUGCUAUGCAAAUAUGUCAUAGAGAUCUGAAGCUCGAGAACACGCUCCUGGAUGGCAGCCCUGCUCCACGUCUGAAAAUCUGUGAUUUUGGUUAUUCCAAGUCCUCUUUGCUACACUCUAGGCCCAAAUCAACAGUUGGAACUCCAGCGUAUAUUGCACCUGAGGUCCUUUCUCGGAGAGAAUAUGAUGGCAAGAUGGCUGAUGUAUGGUCUUGUGGUGUGACUCUCUAUGUCAUGCUGGUUGGAGCAUACCCAUUUGAAGACCAGGAAGACCCCAAAAACUUCAGGAAAACAAUACAAAAAAUCAUGGCUGUUCAAUACAAGAUCCCGGACUACGUCCAUAUCUCACAGGAUUGUAAACAUCUCCUUUCCCGGAUAUUUGUUGCCAAUUCUCUCAAGAGGAUUACUAUUGCUGAGAUCAAGAAACACCCAUGGUUCCUGAAGAACUUGCCAAGGGAACUCACAGAGACAGCUCAAGCUACAUAUUUCAGAAAAGAGAACCCAACCUUUUCCUUCCAGACAGCUGAAGAGAUCAUGAAGAUAGUGGCUGACGCCAAAACGCCACCUCCGGUUUCUCGAUCCAUUGGAGGUUUUGGCUGGGGAGGUGCAGAAGGAAAAGAGGAAGAUGCAGAAGACGUGGAGGAGGAAGAAGAGGAGGAAGUGGAAGAAGAAGAAGACGAUGAAGAUGAAUACGACAAAACUGUAAAGGAAGUACACGCAAGUGGAGAAGUCAGAUUAAGUUGAUAUCUUGGUUUUUUUGGUUUGUGUAAGAUAAAAAAGUUCUCUUUGGUUUGUUGAAACUUAAAAAAUCUCUGUUCUUCUCGUGUUUGCCUUUUACAAUGCUUUUUGGGUUUUGGUUUCCUUUUAUUACGGUUUUGGAGAUUUGUAAAAUUUGCAGUAUAAGAAAAACAAACGGAGGGUGACGAUGAGACUUUGCUACACAUUGUGCUAUGAACAUUGUAUAACCUCGAAUAAAGAUUUUGUAAUUAGAUUUUA